CCGUCCGGGCUCCCCAGUGAGAAACCAACGACGUCUUUCUGGCAUAUUGAGCCAUCGCCUCUUCUCAAGAGCCAUCGAAGCACACGAGACCUCCCUGAGAAAGCAGAUGUGGUAAUCAUUGGCAGCGGCAUGACCGGAGCCAGCGUUUCCCAUCAUCUCUUAAACGCCAGCGGAGACAGGAUCAGCGUGGUCUUACUGGAUGCUCGAGAGGCUUGCUGGGGCGCUACAGGACGGAAUGGUGGUCAUUGCCAACCGAUCCUUUUUCAGUCACCACAGGACCCGAGCAUUGCGCUCUUCGAAAGGCAAAACUUCAAGGCCAUCCAAAGACUCGUCAGAGAGCGAGAUAUCGACUGCGAAUUUGUCUCACAAGAAGGUGUCAAGGCUAUCUACGACGACCAUUAUUUGAACACAGUCAAGCAGAGCUUGUCAAUACUCAAGAAGACGCAUUCCGAAUUGGCGAGCUUGAUGACACUCGUCACAGACCGAGACACUCUGGUCAACCUGCGCGUUCCAACCGCUCUAGCAGCCGUCGUUACCAGAGAGGCCGCGCGCAUGUGGCCCUACAAAUUUGUGGCAAAUUUCCUCGAGGAACUGGUGACAACACCUCAAUUCGCCAAUCGAUUCAACCUGCAGACUUGGACCCCGGUGGAGAGCUUGACGCAAGAUCACGAAAGAGUUUCAGUGAAUACUCCUCGCUCUACCAUCAUCGCGAAAAAGGUCGUUCUGGCGACCAACGGAUACACAUCACAUCUCCUACCUGACUUCACUGACCUAAUAGUACCGUGCCGAGGACAAAUGUCAGCAUUGAUUCCACCCGAGUCCCUGGCGGGAGACAACAGACUCAAGGCAUCAUAUGGCUUUGAAGCCACGGGAACCGACGACUAUCUCGUACAGCGAUCGAAUGACAGAGGAGGGGAAUUGAUGUUUGGUGGCGGACGAGCACAUAGCAACGCGGCUACAAUGGGCGUUUUCGACGACAGCGUGGUCGACGACAAGACCUCGGAGUAUCUCCGACGGCAAUUAGUCAAUGCUUUCGUCCUGCCUGGACACACUGGUCAGAAUCGGCUUUUGGAAGCCUCUCACAUGUGGACGGGCAUCAUGGGGUAUUCGCGAGACGACCAUCCCUGGGUGGGCCCUGUCCCAGGGCACCCGAAUGUGUACAUGGCGGCCGGCUACACUGGCCACGGAAUGCCCAAUUCGUGGCUUUGCGGCUUGGUCAUUGCAGAGUGUAUUGCCAAUACGCUGAUAUCGGGCACGGAAGAUGAGCUCGCGUUCCAGCAGGCCUGCAGCGCGAACGGACUUCCAACGGCUUACCAGAUUACCGAGGAGCGAUUAAGCAGAGCCAGAACUUUG